AUGGGGCUCAUUCUAACCUCCAUCUACGUGCUCAUGGGCUUGUUCUCCCCGACCGCGCGCGCCGCCGGUACGGUCCCGCACCCGCACCCUCUCCUUACACCUGAUCCGGUCACCAGCGGACAGCAGGAGCAGCUCGAGGCGCCAUAUUUACACCUGCCCGUGUUCCGGCAUUUCAGAAAGCCGCGCGUGGGCAAACGGCACUUCUCACCGGCGCACGUGAUAAACCGCGAGCCGAUGCCCAAGCGCGUGCGCCAGGUUCUCUUGCCCGAGCUACGGCAACGCACGAGGACCCGAGUGAGGCCGAGCGGCCCGGUGAACGUCGCGUGCACCGCGCGGGACAUGCGCGUGCGAGUUCAUAAGGCGAGCCUGGAAGCCAGCGGGGAGCGCGUGCACGUGAGACUAGGCACGUGCGACGUCAGCAGAACGACCGAGCAGAGCGUUUUAUUCCAGUACGAACUGCACGAGUGCGGCACUCAGAGACAGGUCAUAAAUGGAACGGUUGUUUAUUCCAACACGCUCCACUACACCCCUGAAGGCAGUGUGUCGGGUUCUGAGGUGUUCUCCGUACCUGUGCAGUGUCGCUUUAACAGGUUCCACUACUCGUACAAGAUGGGCUUCGUGCCAUCCGUCGAAAGGCUGAAGUUCUUUAAACCCAUGAAAACCAAAGGCGGCAUCACCCUGACGGCGUGCGACGAGCAGUGGAACAGACUCUCACCCCAUGAAGGGUUCGUUAUGGGGAAGCCGAUGUACUUCGAAGCCAAAACUCUUUACGUGCCUGACGAUGAGCGGUUAUUCGUGCAUUUCUGUCAUGUGACCACGAACAGCUCGCGUGACUCCACGCCGCAGGUUAAGAUCAUCGACCACGGCUGCUUGAUGGACAGCAAGAGGAGCAGCAGGUCCAGAUUCAUAAACAGCACCAGGAAGAACGUGGUCAGGUUCUCCGUCGACGCCUUCGCGCUGCAGGGGAACGUGCAGAAGUAUCUGUUUAUACACUGCGAGAUGUCGAUCAGAAACGUCAUUCCGACAGAGACGUCAAAGUCCUGCACCUAUAACAGUCUGGAGCACAGGUGGGAGGAGCUUUAUGGUGUGGACUCUGUUUGUUCAUGCUGUGACUCGUCCUGUGUCCCCGAGAUGCCGACACUGACGCGACCCUUGACGAGUGAACUGGGGGCUUUAGUGGAGAAACACCCAGAAGAAAGGAACAGAAGUAUCCCAACGCAGAGCACGGAGGGAAUCUUCACACCAGAGCCGGAACGCCGAAUACUUACAACGGAGAGCCAGCACACAACGUUGGUUCCAGAGAGGACGCUCGUAUUCGAGCACGGAAAGCUCACGCCGGAGAGUACGCCCACGCCGGAGAGUACGCCCACGCCGGAGAGUACGCCCACGCCGGAGAGUACGCCCACGCCGGAGAGUGAGCACGGAAAGGCCACGCCGGAGAGUGAGCACGGAAAGAUCACGCCGGAGAGUACGGCCACGCCGGAGAGUACGGCCACGCCGGAGAGUACGCCCACGCCAGAGAGUGAGCACGGAAAGGCCACGCCGGAGAGAAAGGCCACGCCGGAGAGUACGCCCACGCCGGAGAGUACGCCCACGCCGGAGAGUACGCCCACGCCGGAGAGUGAGCACGGAAAGAUCACGCCGGAGAGUACACCCACGCCGGAGAGUACACCCACGCCGGAGAGUACGCCCACGCCGGAGACUGAGCACGGAAAGAUCACACCGAAGGUUGAGCACGGCACGCUGGUGCCACAGCAGGAGUAUGGAACACUAAUGCUAGAGAACAAGCAUGGAAAGGUCACAACAGAGACCCCGCCCACGCUGGAGAGCGAACGCAGGACGCCAACGUCUGACCGUGAGCAUGAAACUCCAAUGCCAGACACCAACCACGAAAAGAUCACGCCUUUCCCGCAUGAAGCGGUCAGUCGCGGUACGCCCGCACCCUCGGCCGAGCAAAACACAGUUCCACCAGUAGACAAACGCGCAGAGCUGCAGGAGCCUUACAGGGUCUUUGAGGAAGUGUUUGGACUCAGCUGAAAAGGAAACGCGAUGCAAAACAUUUCACUUGAUCUCAAUAAAAAAAAUAUC